UCGAGUCCAAUUAAAAAGAGUGCGAUUGCAUUCUAUCGUUCUCGGUGGGCAGUCCCUUUCGAACACGAAGUGGCCACUUUCCACCAAACCAUUCCGAUCCCUUCAAUGUGUCGCUUCGGUUGUGCCUCUACGUCAACAGUGCCGAUAGUUCACGCCGCGAUGCGCUAAGUGACCGUCCCCACUUGCCUGGAACAUCUGGAUAGCUCAAAUUCUGGUUAUGACUCAGAGGAACUUCAAGGCCACAAUGCGAUCCGGGUUGAUUUACUUGCUGCUGAUUUGUGCGUUCUUGUUCACCACAUUCUACAAUGUGGCGUCGGAUGUUCCGGUUGUGCCGUCUGCGACGGCCACCGUCGGAGCUACGAAGGAUACGGGCGGAAAUGUGAGCUUGGGUGCGGUGGAGGCCGGAAAGGACAAGGGAAAGGAAGCUGGAGGAGAGGACAAGGCGGCGACGGCGGUUGUGGUGCUACCGAAGAAUGCCACGACGACCAUGUCCCCGGAGAAGAAUGCGGUCGAGCAGGAACAUUACAGUUCGAUGUCGAUAUUCUUUGUACUUUGUGUGAUUGCGUUAGGGAUAUUGCUGAUUCACAUGAUGCUGCAGACAAAGUUUCAAUAUUUGCCUGAAUCGAUAGUAGUUGUGUUUUUAGGGGCCUUGAUCGGGUUGAUCUUGAACAACUCUUCGAUGCGCCACAUUGCCAACUGGGAAAGGGAGGAGGUGUUUAGUCCGACGGCGUUCUUCCUGGUGCUACUGCCGCCGAUCAUCUUUGAAUCCGGAUACAAUUUACACAAAGGAAACUUUUUCCAGAACAUUGGAUCGAUUCUGGUGUUUGCCAUUAUUGGGACGACAAUAUCGGCGCUCGUGAUCGGUUCUGGAGUGUAUCUACUAGGACUGGCAGAAGUAGCUUACCGGCUGAACUUUGUCGAGUCGUUUGCCUUUGGAUCGCUGAUAUCUGCCGUAGAUCCAGUUGCCACAGUGGCCAUCUUCCAUGCGUUGGACGUAGAUCCGAUACUGAACAUGUUGGUAUUUGGCGAAUCUAUACUAAACGACGCGAUAUCCAUUGUGCUAACAACGACCGUCAUGCCGAUGGUAUCCGGUUCCGGAGCGGAAGGCAACGGCGAAUCAAUCAUCUCCGCACUGAACACGUUCUGUUUGAUGUUCUUCGCAUCCGCCGGAAUCGGCGUCCUGUUUGCCCUGAUGAGUGCCCUCCUGCUGAAGCACAUUGACCUUCGGAAGCAUCCCUCACUGGAAUUUGGCCUCAUGUUAGUCUUCACGUACGCUCCGUACGUCCUCGCCGAAGGAAUCCACCUGUCCGGGAUAAUGGCCAUCCUGUUCUGCGGAAUCGUCAUGUCCCACUACACCCAUUUCAACCUCUCAACCGUGACGCAGAUUACCAUGCAGCAAACGAUGCGAACGUUGGCCUUCAUCGCCGAAACGUGCGUCUUCGCGUACCUCGGAUUAGCAAUCUUCUCCUUCAAACAUCGCUGCGAACUGUCCUUCGUAAUCUGGACCAUCAUCCUCUGUCUGCUCGGCCGAGCCGCCAACAUCUUCCCUCUAGCCUACGUCUGCAACCUUUUCCGAGAGCACAAAAUCACCCCCAAGAUGUCUUUCAUCCUCUGGUUCUCCGGACUCCGCGGGGCGAUUUCGUACGCACUCUCACUGCACAUGCAAUUCUCCAGCGAGGAGGCACGCCACGUGGUCAUUACAACCACACUAAUCAUCGUGCUCUUUACGACACUCUUCUUCGGUGGCUCAACGAUGCCGCUGAUGAAGUACCUGGCCGGAGGCAAAAAGACCCGCCGGCGACCGAGCCGUCUCGGCGGCCGUAAACGAUCCGGCAAAACCCUGUCGCUGAGUAAAACGCGCGAAUGGGGCCAAGCCAUCGAUUCCGAACACCUGUCCGAGCUGACCGAAGAGGAGGAGGUCAGCUUCACGCAGUCCAAACUGAACGGGUUUGCUCGACUUGACCGCAAGUACUUCACUCCGUUCUUCACCAGGAGAUUCACGCAUCAGGAACUCCACGACUGCAAGAGCCAGAUGGCGGACCUCACCAACAAGUGGUACCAGGCGAUCCGGAUCUCGCCGGACGAUCUGGACGAGGAGGAGGACGAGGACGACGACGCGGCAGAGGUGGCCUCGAUUGCGACGUCGGAGCGGUCAACGCGCGUGCUCGUUGGUGGAGGUCACGGCAGCAGCAGUAAGGCGGUGCCAGCAAAGGGAACGGCGGAAAGACCGGGACCGUCCUGAUUGCAGCGGAAUCAGAAGGAUGACGACGACGACGACAUUUCCCUGUACAACACCUCGCUGGACGUGGGCACGGAAGUGUUUUUGUAGGAAUUUAAAUUGGAGUGGAAUGUAUGGACGUAAUUUUUUUUUUGUUAUGAGUAGUUAGUGUUUAUUUCUUUUACAAAUAGUCGAUUGUAAACCAGGUGAUAAAAUAUGAAAAUCGUACUAGUCGAAUCAUCAGUAAAAUAAAGGUGAUGAAUGGAUGGAACAGGAUGGAUAAGCAAAAUUGUAUAAUACACUCAAACUUUUAAUCUUCAUCGUUCUGAUAAGCUUUUGCUGUGUAUUGGGGUUUAAAUGAUAAGAUUUCAAACUAACUACCACUUUAUAUUUGUUGUACUUUAUCUCUAUGCUAUAAAUAUUAUGUUUCGUUUGAUCGUUGUUGUAAAAUAUGAUCCAAAAUAUAGUGGCACAAGCGUUUCCAAAUAAUUAAA